AUGGAUAACCUCACAAUGCUCGCCAAUGGUCUGCUGGUUUGCAACGAGUCGGACUACACAUCCAACCCAAACUGCACCCCUUCCUCUGAGCUCUACUUUUACGCCGAUCUUUACAUAAUUUUGCCCAUAAUCUACUCUGUGAUCUGCGCUGUGGGACUAACCGGCAACACUGCAGUAAUAUACAUGAUCCUCAAAGCCCCAAAGAUGAAGACUGUCACCAAUAUGUUCAUUUUAAACCUCGCCAUCGCGGACGAUUUGUUCACGCUGGUUUUGCCGAUCAACAUCGCGGAGCAUUUACUUCGUUACUGGCCAUUCGGGGAAGUUCUUUGCAAAAUCAUCCUCAGUAUUGAUCAUUAUAACAUCUUCUCCAGCAUUUACUUCCUCACAGUUAUGAGUAUAGAUCGUUAUUUGGUUGUCUUAUGCACGGUGAGGUCCAAGCGGAUGCCGUACCGCACUUAUCGAGCGGCAAAAAUCAUCUCUCUGUGCGUCUGGGUUCUUGUGAUCCUAAUUGUGAUGCCUUUUACCGUUUUCGCUAGUGUAUACAGCCCCAAUGACGAUAGAAAAAGUUGCGUGCUUAGCUUCCCCAGUCCGGAGAACCUCUGGUUCAAAGCCAGCCGAAUUUACACGCUAAUUCUCGGGUUUGCCAUUCCGGUUUCCACCAUCUGCAUCCUCUACACCAUGAUGUUGUACAAGCUGAGGAACAUGCGGCUAAAUAGUAACGCUAAAGCCCUUGACAAGGCCAAGAAGAAAGUUACCAUCAUGGUUUUCAUCGUCUUGGCGGUGUGUCUGUUCUGCUGGACGCCUUUUCACCUCAGCACCAUAGUCGCUCUGACCACAGAUCUCCCAACCACGCCGCUGCUAAUCGGGAUUUCCUACUUCAUCACAAGCCUAAGCUACGCUAACUCCUGUCUCAACCCGUUCCUGUAUGCGUUUUUGGACGACAGCUUUAGAAAGGCUUUUAAGAAGAUGCUAGAAUGCAGACCUUGA